CAAUUAUCAACAAAACAUACGCGGAAUAGGCGUAACUCACGGUUCAAAGUAGCUGCAUAAAAACAGGUCGAGCCAUCCAAGAUGGAUCCUGAUUCUGAGAAUGAAUUGUUCUCAGAUGCACCAGAUAAACCAGUCUCUGCCACCGUUGGAGAUGUGAUCAACCUAGACAGUGUCUCGCAAGAUUCAGUUCCUCUUGACGACACCAUAAGCCAAGGAACGGACACGAGCCAGGAGGCAACUGGGCUUGGCCGAGAGGAGGAGACUGGGCAGACAGAAACGACGGGUGAGGCGCAAGAGACUAAGGUCGGAUCUCCUAAACCAUUUGAUGCCAGCCUCUUCGGGGAAACGACUGAUAUUGUCUCGACAGCUUCUUCAGAUGGAUUUCCAAUUCAAACCCAAGCUGCAACUGCGGAACCGGUUCACCCGACAGUUGACGAACCGCUCAAAGAAGAUGUUGCCAACAUGGAAAGUCUAAAGGUGGAAGUUAAGAGACAAUCAUCUGUGGAUGGGUUUGAGUCACAGCCGAUUGGAAGCCCUGGAGCCCAGUUUCAAUUUACGGAUUCAGAGAUAUUUGGGGAAGAAAGUUUCAAACAGAGCUUGGGAACGGAGACAACCACAGCCGGUGAUCAGCCUGCCAUCAGUAGUUUCUUCAAGGAGGAGGAGGUUGCGUCAGACUCUGGUACUGAAGACCAAAACUUCUUUGAUUCUUUCACAAGCGGUGGAGAUGGAUUCCAAGGCUCGAUGGAAUCCCCGCGAUUGGACGAAGACAAUAAAACAGUUCCAGAAGAGAACCUUCUGGGUCAGGAUUUGCCCUCUGACCCCACCAUAGACUUGUCAAAGUCCCCCAGUGCGGGUUUUACAGAAGAGAUAUCAUUUGAGAAUGACGCGUCAUCCCAAGAUGUCACGUCAACUAAGCAGACCCUUCUAGAACUGUCUCAAGAGGGUCCAGCAGCCAACUCUGAUACCCAAGAACAAACUCUGUCCCCACAUUCCCCUCUUCCAGAGGUAACAAGUCCACAUGUUUGCAGUGUCCAGAACCAAGGUGAAGGAAACUCCUUCGAGGUGGCAUUCGCCAAGAAUCACUCCACGUCUUCUUCGCCCAAAACCCCGGAAGCCCCUCCUGUAUCAGAAACCCCACAACCCGUACCCCAGGCUCCUGUAGGAGCUCCCAAGCAGCCACCAGCUCAACCACACCCCCCUCCAUCCCAACUGCCACGGCUCUUUUCUCCAAGUCAUUCCAUCGAUGAUAGCUUCACGACGGCGUUAACAACCAGUCAGAGUGAUCGAAGACACGAUGCUUGGCUUCCAUCCAUUGCGACGCAGAACAUCCUCAACAAUAGAAUGUCCGCUCUCCAGGGGACAGAGUAUGUCGACAGAGCUCAACUCACAAUGCCUGGAAUUAUUCUGGAGGAGCAGCAAGGUGACCCAGUGAAGGAGCUAGUCUAUCGAUACAUGGGUGAUGCCGAGGCCAGUAAACGAGUAGCUCUGACUGUCAACCAAGUUACUCGUGAUGACGAGGGACUCAAGAAAUUACUGGAUACAGGUUGUUUACGAGCAGCCCUGGAGUUGACGGGAAUGUUGUUGACCUCUCUUAACCAGGGCAAAGGUCAAGCUGGAUUGCCAUCUAAGCACACCCCACGCUCAUUUCAGAUAUGGCUGACUCGUAUAGCUCUAUUGAUCAAGCUACAGCAGUACAGCAUGGCAGAAGUAGAGUGUGAGGCAUUUGGCAAUCUCGACAGGCCAGAUAUUUAUUUGGAGUAUUAUCCCGACCUGUUUCCUGGCCGCAAAGGUAGUAUGGUACCCUUUUCGUUACGUGUGCUUCACGCUGAGCUGCCGCUGUACCUUGGAAAGCACCAGGAUUCACUCAAUAGACUGUAUCACAUACUGGAUAUCACCUCCAAGAUCCUGUACCAUUUGGAGUGUGGUUUGAGUGAGUAUGGAACAGAGAUUGAACUCACAGAAGAAAACAGACAAGCAUCUGUUGACUUGUGGAUGUCUAGAGAAGUCCGGAUGAUGUAUUCAAUCGGAAACUGCCUGCUUUCAAUGAAGGACUUCAAACAGUCAGUCGCUGUGUAUGAGAAGCUAGUGAUCAAAGAUGCUAAGAAUGAGAGCAGUUUAUUGUCUGGUAUCGGACGAAUAUUUCUACAGCUGGGUGAUCUGAAAUCUGCACAGGAAGCAUUCACAAGGGCAGAGAACAGCUACCACGGAAACGAUAGCAUCUCAUCAAAAGCAAUCAUCCUCAUGAAUAAAGCCUUCAUGCAAAUGGCACAGAACCAGUACCCUGAAGCAAGAAAGUAUUUUGAUGAAGUAUUGAAGAUUGAUCCUGAAAACUUUAAGGCAAUAAACAACCAGUCCGUCUGUCUGCUGUACAUGGGAAAACUAAAAGAAGCUCUAUCUCUUUUGGAGAAGUUGGUUCACGGUAACCCCACUAAAUACCUAGACGAAGGUCUUCUCUUCAAUCUGUGCACACUCUAUGAACUGGAUUCGUCUCGUAGUACGCAAAAGAAACAGGCGUUACUAGGAAUGGUCAAUCAACUCAAAGGAGAUGGUUUUAAUAAAGACUGCUUAAAGAUGUUAUGAAAGCGAGGUGACGAUGCCGUGCAGAGGUAUUGAAGAUUUUAUUAAUGUGUUUAUGGCUUAUUAUAUAGUGCGUAUAUCCGUCACUCUGUGAUGCUCAAGGCGCUUUAACAUUCAGUAUUUUCCUGCAAGGUAUGUGGGACUAGAUUUG